AUAAGCUUUUCCAACCCGAUCCGCUUUGAAGCUCAAGAUCUCCUUCUCUCCCUUUCUUUUCGUCGUCCUCCUCGCCGAGCAAACGCCACCGCGACGAUGAGCGGCAACGAUUUCCGGAUACUAAGAAGGAUGUUGUAAAGAAGAUGAUUGCUGUUGCCAUUACUGCUGGUCCAUUUAGUGUAUUUUCAUUAUCAAGUUGAAUAGAGCCAUGAGUGAUCAGAGGAAUGCUGGUGUGAUUGGUGAUCGAGGAUCUAUCGCGAGGGAAAAACUUACAUUGCCAUAAAGGGUGAAUAACAGAGAAUUUUGGGAUCAGAAAAAAUCUGGGGUUUUGGUGAUUGGUUCCCCACCAAAAUGUGUGGAUCCAUCAAUUUCGGGCGAAUGAUGGUGAUCUCGGCAUUCCUUCGGCUGGGUCUAAUAGCUUAUGGUGAGUGGCAGGAUGCACACAUGGAGGUCCGCUAUACUGACAUUGACUACUUUGUCUUCUCUGAUGCUGCUGCACUUGUCGCUACGGGGAAAUCCCCCUUUGAGAGGUCAACAUACCGAUACUCGCCUCUCCUUGCCUUCUUGCUUAUACCGAACUUGAUUCUACACCAGUCUUGGGGCAAACUUCUCUUCUCCUCUGCUGAUUUGCUAGUCGGUUUGUUUGUGGACAUUAUUUUGAAGCUUCGCAGUGUACCUGAAACUUUACGGUUGCUAUCUGUUGCGGUUUGGCUUUUCAACCCCUUUACCUUCACCAUUGGUACCAGGGGAAAUUGUGAGCCUAUUGUUUGCGCGAUGAUUCUGUGGAUUAUAAUUUGUAUCAUGAAUGGAAAAGUGAUUCAGGCUGCCUUUUGGUAUGGCUUGGUUGUCCACUUCAGAAUCUAUCCAAUCAUAUAUGCCCUUCCUUUUGUCCUCGUCUUAAAUAAUCAACAUGCCAGACCUAGGGAGUGCAUUCUUAAAAAGGGGAGCCCCAGAUCAGGAGUUACAGAUCCAUCUUCUAGGGCCAGGGUUGUUAAACCAUCAACCACAAGCUGGAAACAGUUGUUUUGUCCAUGGGAUCUGCUUCGAAGCAACAUAACAAUCAAUAGUUUUCUCUUUGGGCUGAUCUCUGGGUCCAUAUUCUUCUUUUGCACUGCUCUAUUCUUCAAGCUUUAUGGGUGGGAGUUUCUAAAUGAAGGAUUGUUGUAUCAUCUUACACGGACUGAUCCAAGACACAAUUUCUCAAUAUACUUCUACCACAUAUAUCUUCAUCACCAGCACAAGUUCUCAUUGGUGGAGAAACUUAUUUCCUUUCUGCCUCAGUUGAUGGUGCAACUGGCUCUUAUUUUCCGUUUUGCAGCAGACCUCCCAUUCUGCCUUUUUCUGCAGACUGUUGCUUUUGUUGCAUUUAACAAGGUGAUUACUGCACAGUACUUUGUGUGGUUCUUCUGCUUGUUGCCUUUGAUUCUUCCAUGGAGCAGUAUGAAACUCAAAUGGAAAGGUCUGAUCUGCAUAUCUUUGUGGAUGGGAUCUCAGCUUCACUGGCUUCUUUGGGGAUACAUUUUAGAAUUCAAGGGCCAGAAUGUCUUCAUCCAGUUAUGGCUGGCAAGCUUACUAUUUUUGGCUGCAAACACUGUCAUCCUACUCAUGGUUAUUCAUCACCAUAAAUUUUCUAGAGUUUUUAGCCCAUCACUCAGUGCUCCUGAUUCUACUGAUACUAAAAAAUUGGAUUAAGGAAUAGAGUUAGAAUCUUUUUCCUUUUUUUUUUGCUUGGGUGUUAUUUUGUAUUUUCUCCACUCUUUGUUUUGUACUGAGUCAUUGGAACUCAGUUUUUUAAUGUCUACUUUUGAGGCUGUGAUUGUUAAUGUGGAAAUGGGCAGUGAAGCUCCAAGUUUGUUUUGA